AUGUCCUCUAAUACAGGAAUUUCUCCUCACGCUACGGCCUUCAUCCACUCGUACGCAACAGCAACAGCUCUAGCCGCAACCUCCAAGCCUUCAGACCUUUCCGCCGCUGCAACAGCAAUGUGCACCCACUACCUGCCCAACCUAAUCUCUUUCACCCUGGGCACAUCCACUUCCAUCGCCACCCCUUCAGAAGCUUCCAAAGGCACCUUGGCCCAUCUCCAAAACCUCGUUUCCGCAGGCGUAGGCGCGGAUAUCCGGUUGGUGCGGUUAGCAGUCAAAGAAAUCGGCGAAUUCGCUGCUGCAGUAUUCGUAACUUGGGAAUUGGUAAUCGAUGAUUUCAGCAUUGCCGAUGAANGAAAAAGCUAA